AUGUCAAGCACUAACGGUUGUGAAAAUGGUGUUUACAUAUGGAUCCAAGGAAGCAUUCGAGGGGGUGCGUGUUUUGUGUACGGAGCAAACGGAGCCGCAAGAGAUUAUCUAAGACGGCAUUUUCGAGCAAAAAGUGAUACGGCUGAUGGAAUACACAUGGAUGCGCCUGCAACUGCUGUUAUCAAUGCUCUACGAGUUUGCAAUUACCAAAUACACAACUCAUUAUCAUUAGAAGAAUUCAUAACGUGUCAACACAGCCGAGUGGUUGUUUUAUUUUUAUGUUAUUUAUUCGAAUUAAAAUUUUACGAGCAGAAAAUAUCAAUUUAA